AUGGCAUCCAAUGGCGGAGCAAAGAAAACCUUUAGGCCACUUAAGAUUCAGGUAAUUUUUUUCAUUUUUUGUUGAGUUUUUAUACUACAGUAAGCACUAGUUAUAGGUAACAUUAAACCACUGUCUUUUUAUGUUGAAUAUAAGGUUUUAAAAAGUUUUGUCGUUUUUUGACGUGAAAGUCUUUGUGAAUUGACGACAAGACUUUUUUGAAGCUGUAAUAUUAGGUUGUUCCAAUAAUUCUGCGCCCCUUGACUUUGAUAAUUUGUUUUGAGAAAGAGCACAGAAUUAUUUGAACAACCUAAUAGUACUUUGGAUUUAUGUUGUUUUAGGUACUAUAAUGACAUUCUUAUCGACCGUUUUAAUGUAAACUUUCCGACCGUUAUUUAUAUGUAAAUACUGUUGCAGUUGCCAAAAGGAGCCAAGAUUGGAGUGGAUCCGUUUGACAAGCCCGAGCUGUUGUUGCCCAUCGACGACUCGUUCGGCCAAUUACCGUAUCCCGUGGACCGUAACGGGCACAUCGUUCUAACAGGCGGCGACCCUAACUUUAUCGACGGAAUCAACCCGGAUGCGAAGAAGGAGGAGCCCAACGAGAACAUCAUCCCCGAGAAGAUGGACCGACAGAAAACGACCGAAGAGACUUCAGAUGAAGCACAACCUCAGGUGGCCAAGCCCGAGGCCAGCAACUUUAAGUUCACGGCCCCGAUGAUGAAGGAGGAAGAUGCUACUGAGGAAGAGUAUGAAGAGAAGGUUGUGGAGAAGGAAGUGGGUGAGGAAGGCAUCACCGAGCUGGACUAUUAUCAUGGGUAGGUCAAGGUUUAUAUCUUGAUGUAUCUUCUACUUAUACUAGAACAACCUAAAAAACAAUUUUGAUCGAUAAAUAAUGGCGCGUAUUUUAGGUUGUUACCACAAGAAGACGUCAAGAUGUUGUUGAAUAAGCCCGGAGACUUUGUGGUCAAAUUAAUGGAGAUAAACGGCAAUGAGCGUACUGUAAGUUGUAAUCUAGGUAUCAAAGGUCAAAAAAUAGGUCUGGAUUUGAACUAUUUUGAACUUGUUACGUAAAAUAAGGUGGUAUAAUGCUUAAUAGUAGGUUCAUACCAAUACCUAUAUAACAAGUUCUAUCUAAUCUACCUAUACCUACAUAAAACCCCUUCCAGGCCUGUAUAGUCGUAAAACCAGUUCACAAUGGCCAACAAGUGACCUUGAGGAUCAGAAACAAGGACGGCAAGUACUUUAUCGACCAGAACCUUCAGUUCGACUCGGUGGUCCAGCUAGUCAAUCACUAUAUGAAGUCGAAGAAGACCAUCGGCUCCAAUCCAUGCCAGCUGGUGAAACCGAUUUGUCGCCAGGAAUGGGAGUUCACGGCCGAUCAAGUAGAGCUGGCCAAACAGAUUGGCAAAGGAGCGUAUGGCCAAGUCUUUAUGGGACGACUCACGGUCAAGGACCAGCUGCCGAAGGACGUGGCUAUUAAGCAGGUGAGGGGUGGUUACUGUAGUAUUUUGACAUUUUUAAUACUUACCGUAAUAUAGGUACUAUAUCUUGCUAUUACCUACUUUGAUGUCUCAAGAAAAUGACUUUCUUAAGCAUUUUAUAUCUACAUUUGCCUACUGUAACAUGAAAUCCAUUUACUACAAUAUACUCCAAUAUGAUUGCUACCUACUACAAUAUACUAUAAUAUGAUUGUAGAUGAAAGUGAGUGAAAUGAACAAGGAAAAGGUGGAGGAGUCGAUGAGAGAAGCCAGGCUAAUGAGGAUGAUGAGACACAAGAAUGUAGUACGGUGCUUUGGAGUGGUGGCAGACCAAGAGCCCCUGAUGAUACUAAUGGAACUGGUACCAGGUGGUGCUCUGGACAACUUUUUAAGGACUAAUGGUCCCAAAAUCUCGAUUUCGGAAAGAGUCAGCAUGGUAUUUGAUGCCUCCAGGGGGCUGAUGCACAUUCACAGAAGGGGCAUUAUUCAUAGGUGGGUUACUGUAAUUUAGGGUGAAGUUAUGAUAAUUUACGGUAAAUUUACGCUAUUAAAACAUGAAUUAGUGUUACUGUAAUAUGAGUUAACUUUACAAUAAAGUACUAUAAGGUUACUGUAAGAUACUUUAAUAGUAAAAUCAGGGCCGGGCGGGGACUUUUGGUCUGGGGGCAGGGGUCCAAAAAACCGAUUUUUUGCAAAGGAGGGGGGGGUACCCCCUCGCGCCCGGCCCUGAGUACAAUAAUGAUAUUGCGUACUUACCAUGAAGUUACAGUAAUACGCGGCUAUGCUAGCUUACUGUAAAGUACUAUAACUUUACCGUAUGUCUACCAAUGCCGACUUAAAAGCUACUGUAAGGUUACUCUAACAUAUGACGGUCUUACGGUGAACCCACUUUAUUGUGCUAUAAUCUUACUGUAACGUUAAUUCUAUAUCCGGUAAUAUUACAGUAACCGAAUUUCAGAGACAUAGCAGCCAGAAACUGCCUAUACGGUAAGGGAAUCCUGAAGAUAACAGACUUUGGCCUUUCACGACAAGCUUCUGUGUACGUCGCCGACCCAUCCGAACGUACUCCAAUCAAGUAUCUGGCUCCAGAAAUCUUUAAUACUCGAACAUACACCUUCCAAUCAGAUGUCUGGGCGUUUGGCGUGCUGAUGUUCGAGAUCUUCUCCAAUGGUGCUGAUCCCUAUCCAAACAAAACUGGCCCUCAAAUCAAACAACUUGUAGGUUUCUAUCCUACUCUACUAUACCUUACCCUGUCUUACUCUAACAUGCCCUAACUUAACCUACAUUACCCUACCCUAUCUUGCCCUACUAUAAUAUAGUUUUAAGAGACUAGACUGAAAUUAACGUAAGCUAAAGUAUAAAAACAUACAGUAGGAUAUACUAUGCCGUUCAUAUUGUUAUUGAGACAAUCUUUUCAGGUCUGCAGCAAAGGCUCCCAACUGACACCGCCCAACUGGGCCCCGGACUAUAUCAAGGCGAUUAUGGGUGAGUGUUUCAUCAAAGACCCGCACAGACGAACACGGCUACGAGUCAUCUGUAAGACUAUCGUCACAAUCAAAAUGUAAUUUGUCAUAAUUACGGAAAUAUCAGUAUUGGUCAAGAAAUACAUAGAAAAAUUAAAAAAUCUUUGUGCGUAUAGGGGCUACUUUUAUGAACUUUUUGACCAAAAGUAGUAAUUGUUAAAUGAGGAAAAUUGGUGUAGGUAUGGAUAAGACUAUGAGGAACAUUUUUAAUAUUGGUAAUUUUUUGAUGGGAUUACUGUAACAUGAGCUAUCUGGGUUUAAAGUACGAUCACCAUAGUUUAUAUAAAGUUGACCGGAAUUUUCUGUUCCAAAAAUAUUUUUUAUGUGUAAAAUAUAAUUCAAGUAAAAAAUUAAACAAGGAAAAGCUAAUAGAAUGAACAAUAUAGCUACGAAUGAUACCAAGAUCUACUAUUAUAUUGCUUUAGGGUAGAAGAAAAGCACCCCGAACUCUUGGCCAAAAUGAUGCGAGCCAAGCAGCGAUUGUCCAAAGAUGGUACACCUCGAAGCAAAGGUGCUCCUGGCUCCAAAUCUAAGCUCAGCAUGAAGAAACGAACCAUAGACAAGACGGAACGCACAAAGGAAGAGAGUUCAGACAGAAAGAAGGAGAAGGCGAGGAAGCUGGCCGAGAGAACGGCCGAGGAACCAGCCUCAAACAAGAACAAGAAACCGACCAAGAGACCCAAAAAGAAGUGA